AUGCUGUCUGCCCGAGCAACUUCCAGGAAGGCCGUCAGUCUCUCGCGAGGCGCCACGAGAGGCCUGGUCACUGUUCAGGAUGCCGCUCCUGUACGAACAUAUGGUGGGCUGAAGGACCAGGACCGGAUUUUCCAGAACCUUUACGGGCGAUACCCGGCCAACCUCCAGAGCGCUAAGAAAAUGGGCGAUUGGCACAAGACAAAGGAGAUCCUUUUAAAGGGCGACGAUUGGAUUAUCAACGAAGUCAAGGCCUCUGGUUUGCGCGGACGAGGUGGCGCGGGCUUCCCCUCUGGUCUCAAGUGGUCCUUCAUGAACUUCAAGGGCUGGGAAAAAGACACAAAACCGCGGUAUCUCGUGGUAAACGCCGACGAGGGUGAACCCGGUACCUGCAAGGACAGAGAAAUCAUGAGGAAAGACCCGCACAAACUCGUUGAAGGUUGCCUUGUUGCAGGCCGGGCAAUGAACGCCACCGCCGCCUACAUUUAUAUCCGUGGCGAAUUCUACCAUGAGGCCGCCAUUCUCCAAAAUGCGAUCAACGAGGCCUAUGCAGAUGGGCUGAUUGGCAAGAAUGCGUGUGGUUCCGGAUACGAUUUCGACGUCUACAUUCACCGCGGUGCUGGUGCCUACGUCUGUGGAGAAGAGACAUCUCUGAUCGAAUCUAUAGAGGGAAAGCCUGGAAAGCCUCGACUCAAGCCCCCUUUCCCCGCCGCGGUCGGUGUUUUCGGGUGCCCCUCAACUGUUGCCAACGUGGAAACUGUUGCUGUUGCGCCGACGAUCUGUCGCCGUGGAGGAAGUUGGUUUGCUGGGUUUGGCCGCGAGCGCAACCAGGGAACUAAGCUGUUCUGCAUUUCAGGCCAUGUUAACAACCCUUGCACCGUUGAAGAAGAAAUGUCCAUUCCCCUUCGCGAGCUUAUUGACAAACACUGCGGUGGGGUCCGAGGCGGCUGGGAUAAUCUGCUAGCCGUUAUUCCUGGUGGUUCUUCGACUCCGAUUUUGCCCAAGAAUGUCUGUGACAACCAAUUGAUGGAUUUCGAUGCCCUGAAGGAUAGCCAAUCGGGUCUAGGCACAGCUGCAGUUAUUGUCAUGGACAAGAGCGCGGAUGUUGUGCGUGCGAUUAGCCGCUUGAGUCACUUCUACCGCCACGAGAGCUGCGGCCAGUGCACACCAUGCCGUGAAGGCAGCAAGUGGACGGAGCAGAUAAUGAGCAGAUUUGAAAAGGGCCAGGGACGGGAGAGGGAAAUCGACAUGCUUCAGGAGUUGACAAAGCAGGUUGAGGGUCACACUAUUUGUGCUCUUGGCGAAGCCUUUGCAUGGCCAAUUCAGGGCCUCAUCCGUCAUUUCAGACCUGAGCUAGAAGCCAGGAUGGAGAGCUUUGCCAAAGCCCAAGGGGGGGCUGCUCUGGCUGGUGGGUGGCAACAUGAUUCAAGGGCCCAUGGAAAAUUGGUUUCUCCUGGUCAGUGA